AGUUGUAUGGUAUCAGAGGAGUGGAAAGGAGUGGGGCAUCUUUUUAGCAUUGCGGUGCUGCUACGGCUCUGUUGCUUUUAAGUAGUUGCCGGGCCAAACCCCUUACAACUCUAUACAAACUACUAGUAAAUAAUAUUAUACAAAUAUAUAUGUGUGUGUGUGUAUAUAUAUAUAUGUAUAUGUAAAAAAUAAAAUAAAAAACCAAAAUAAUUAAUGAAAUAAGAACAUUAUUAUGGUGUCCGUUCUUCCUUAUCUCCUCCGGUUCCACCUUCUGCUGUUCCUCUCUUGGAGCUCGCGCCUCAUCACGAGCUCUUCCCAUUAUUUUCUCUGAGAAAACAAAAAAGAAAAGUGAGAGAGAAAGUGUUCCCAAAAAACCAAGCAAAUCAACAACCAACUCCGUUCCAGAUCUUUACACUUAAAUAGAUUGAGAUCGUCACAAGUUGUGGAACAACACAUGGUCACGAGAGAUUGAUUCGAAUUUCUGCCGAAAACCAUCCCUACUACAAUGAAGCGAGAGCGUGAAGGUCAUCAUCAUGAUAAAGGACAGACUUAUCCUUCUUCUUCAAUGGCGGCGGCCGGAAAGCAAAAGCUGUGGGAGGAAGACUCCGCCGGCGGAAUGGAUGAGCUCCUCGCCGUCUUGGGUUACAAGGUCCGGUCGUCCGACAUGGCCGAUGUUGCCCAGAAGCUCGAGCAGCUUGAGAUGGUCAUGUCUCAAGAAGAUGGAAUCUCACAUCUUUCGUGCGAUACGGUUCACUACAAUCCUUCUGAUCUAUCUGGUUGGGUUCAGAGCAUGUUGUCUGAGUUCAACACUUCACCGCUCUGCAACUUCGAUGCUAUUCAGAGCCAGAACUCCACCGUCGAUGACGCUAUGUUGAUACCAGGUGAGUCCUCAACGAAUAUCAAUGGUUUCGAUUACUAUAGCAAUUCUGGGCAGUUGGAGAACCAGAGUAGGAUUUUCGAGGAUAAUUCCGAGUAUGACCUCAGAGCAAUCCCUGGAGGUGCCAUAUUGAAGAAUCGGGAAGCGCCGGGAUUAGAGAGAGAGAGUGGAAUCAAACGGUUGAAAUCGUCGAUUGGAUCCGAGUGUGCUCUGGCGCCUGUACAACCGGUUCCCGAAAUUGGAGCUGUCGCGGCGGAGCCACCGCGGCCGGUGGUGCUCGUCGAUUCGCAAGAGACCGGAAUACGACUCGUCCACAGCUUGAUGGCCUGCGCCGAGGCGGUCCAAGAAGACAAUCUCAAGCUCGCCGACGCGUUGGUGAAGCACAUAGGGUUGUUGGCGGUGUCGCAAGCCGGUGCGAUGAGAAAGGUUGCCAACUACUUCGCUCAAGCCCUAGCUCGGAGAAUCUACAAAAUCUACCCUCAGACUUCAGUCGACAACUCUUACUCAGAUAUGCUUCAGAUGCACUUUUACGAGACUUGUCCAUACCUCAAAUUCGCUCACUUCACAGCCAAUCAAGCGAUUCUCGAAGCAUUUGCAGGUGCCAAUAGGGUUCACGUCAUCGAUUUCAGCUUGAAACAGGGGAUGCAGUGGCCGGCGCUGAUGCAAGCGCUCGCAUUACGUCCCGGUGGUCCUCCGGCGUUUCGUCUCACCGGAAUUGGCCCGCCGCAGCCGGACAACACCGACGCUCUGCGGCAGGUGGGUUGGAAGCUCGCCCAAUUGGCCGAAACUAUCGGUGUAGAGUUCGAAUUCCGGGGAUUCGUGACGAACAGUUUGGCGGAUCUUGACGCGGCGAUGCUGGAUAUCCGGCCGAGUGAGGUGGAGGCGGUGGCCGUGAACUCGGUGUUCGAGCUCCACCGCCUCCUGGCUAGGCCGGGUGCGAUCGAUAAGGUUCUUUCAUCGAUCAAGGCGGUGAAGCCCAAGAUCGUCACCAUAGUUGAGCAAGAAGCGAAUCACAACGAACCGGUUUUUGUGAACCGGUUCAACGAGGCUUUGCAUUACUACUCCACCAUGUUCGACUCGCUGGAAGGGUCCGGGUUGACUCAGCCCAACACUCACGACGACUUGGCGAUGUCGGAGCUUUAUCUGGGGCGGCAGAUUUGUAACGUGGUGGCAUGUGAAGGAACGGACCGAGUGGAGCGACACGAAACGCUGACUCAGUGGCGUGCCCGGAUGAGUUCGUCCGGUUUCGACCCGGCUCAUCUCGGGUCCAACGCGUUCAAGCAAGCUAGUAUGUUGUUGGCUUUGUUUGCAGGUGGGGAUGGGUACCGGGUCGAAGAAAACAACGGGUGUCUGAUGCUGGGUUGGCACACCCGUCCACUCAUUGCCACCUCAGCCUGGAAACUCGGCACCGGCGAGUAGCAAUGAGUCAACUCGGUUUACCUAAAUUUUGGUCAAAGGAUCAAACCAACUCAGCAACCUUGGACUGCCAACUCAUGGAAUGCGUUGCUGAGUUGGGGUGUUUUGAGGGACAGGUGAAAGAGACAGACCACAACCAGUCAAAUUCUGUCUUUUUACAUUUUACCUCCUCUUGUCAGCGCUUUUGAUUAUUAGUAUGUGUUUUUUUGCCCCUUAUCUUUAGUUUCUCAUGUUCAUGUACCUUCUUCUGUUUAAUUUUUUUAUUAUCUUUUACUUUUGUUAUGAGCGUGGUCAAUGCCAAUGUAAUGUAUUCAUAUGUGACUCUUUUAAUAAAAUAGUGAGCAUGGUUUUUGAUCCAUUGGUAAAAA